AUGGUGGUUGGUAGCAGUGGACCCUCGCAGUUCCAACUAACCAAUGUCAUACUUGGAAGAAAGGAGUUCCCCAAGGAUGUUGCUAGCAUUUCUGGCAGCAUGAAGAGCACUGGAGAGCUCGCUGGUAGACGAGUGGUGGUGAUCAACGGACCAAACAUCUAUGACAAGGAUUUGUCUCAGGCCAAGAGGAAGAUGGAGCUGAGACGGUCUAAGUGUUUAUGUAUACCUGGUCCCCAUGCCUUUCUAGUUGCCUUUGAUAUGGAGACAAUCUCCCUGAAUGACAUGAACACCAUUCGACUGAUGAAGGAACGCUUUGGGAGGCAGUGUCUCAGGCACUGCAUGGUUCUCCUGGCCUAUGAAGGUGAUCUGGAGGGAGCUGCCCUCGAAGAUAGAGUUCGGAAGAGAGACUGGUACCUGAGAGAGCUGAUCGAGAAGCACGGCGGACGCUUUCAUGUUUUCAAAAAGGACUGGAGAGACCGAAGCCAGGAGAGAGAGCUGCUGCAGAAGAUCGAGUGGAUGGUUGCCUCACUGGCAGGGGCCUUCUUCUCCAGCCCAUCUUUCCAGAAGGCAGAGGACAGCGUGAUGAAGGAGGAGAAGAGGCUCAGGAAGCAGAGGGCAGCAGAAAUAGAGAAGGCAUGGGAUGAGAUGGAGAAGCAAUACCUGGAAGAGGAUCUGUAUUUCCACAAGGACGCCUAUACUGCCAAUAUCAGCGCAGAGAUCAGAGCCAAGGCGGAGAUAGACAACAGCUGGCUCAGAACCUCCCUGGCAAGAGGACUGGGGUCGGGUUUUGUUGUGGGAGCGGUGCUGGGUGCACUGGUUGGGGCUAUAGAAGGGCCAGGAGGGAUGGUUCUGUAUGGCUUAAUAGGUGGAGCUGUUGGUGGAUCAGGAGGGGGAACCGCACAGGUGGCAAUAGAACACAUAGAGAACAAAGUGGCUCCACCUGCCAGACUCAACUUCAACUCCAUCUUCAUCAAUCGCUUCUUUGCAGCUCCUCGGACAUGA